AUGGGUCAGUCUAUAGAAGAUGUCAAGACUCUAACUAUCAGGGUGAUCGACCAUAUGUGUAAAACCCCUUUAGAUAAAGGUUAUGGUUCAAAUGAGUUCAAAUCAAUCAUUCACCUUUUCGACAGGAGUUUUUUUACCAUCGAGAAUCCUCAAAACGUGGUGGAAGAUUAUAGACUUUGGAUAGCUUCAAGUGUGUUAUCAAGCGGCGACUAUCCACAUCAUCUUACUCAGAUUUUUAUCGACUUGGGAAAAUGUUCCUUCGGAUCUCUGAGCGUUGGGAAAGAAUCUUUUAAUGAACAGUACAUCGAAUUGCUAUCAUCAUUUCAGUUGACUUUAUGUAAUUAUCUCGAACUAAGUGAAUUACUGGCAGAGAAAAUUUCAAAGCAAGAUGCUUAUUUGAAAGAAAUAUAUCGUAUUCAUGAAGCUAUUUUGCCUCACGAUGGAACCUAUGGUAUGGAAAAGAAAAUCACGUUGGUAGUAGAAAUAAUUAUAAAAACCCUCUACAACAUGCUCCAACACGAAAACCCAACAAUAUCUUCUGCUCUAAAGAAGUAUAAUCUUAUAGAUAUAUUUAUAUAUUAUGCGAAGUCCACGAAUACUAGUUUGCAGAUAGCUUCCUACUUAAGCUUGGCGUACAUUUAUAAUGAAGAAGAACAGCUAAUACCUGAGAACCCCUCCACAAGAAUAUAUGGUUACUCUUGUGAAGAAAUCUUAAAAGGAUAG